AUGUUUAAAAAGAUCCAUUCCAUAUUUCACCCCAACUCCCACCGAAGAAAUGCAACAGAUGACAUUCCUUACUGGGAUGGCACAGGUUCUGCUGUCAGACUGAUCCGCAGCACCUCUAUGUAUGACCUUGGAGAUGAGCAGGAAAAAGUGAGUGAACCAUUAAAAAAAUGCAAAAGUACAAACAGCAUUGACUCCUGCAGCCAGUCAAAAGAGGAAGACAGAGAGUGGAUGUACUCUAAGACUCAGGACUGCUUGAAAUACUUACAGGACUUGUUAGCCUUGAGGAAAAAAUACUUUGACAACAUCAAUAAGUUGAAAUCCAUGCAUAUGACUGCAGAUUCCCCAACAUCCACAAAAUCAUCCAAAACUGGAAAGAAGUCAUUUCUUCCACUUUCCUCCAAAGAGUUUUCUAAGACAGAGAGAAGAAAAGUCCCACAGCCCAGUUCAGAUGUAAGAGAAGCUAUAGCGUUCUUUGACUCGGUUAUUGCAGAUCUGGAUUCAGAGAGAUGCCGUAGGGCUCCUGACAUGGACCUGCCAAAUGUGGAUGUUGAUUUUGAUGUGGCUACCAGCACAAGUGAACACAGUUUACAUUCAAACUGGAUCCUUCGUGCUCCUCGCAGGUACUCAGAAGAUACUGCCCAAACAGCAAAGGCUGCAAACCAGUCACAAAAAAAAAGCCAACGAAGAACCACUGGCUCUAGGAAGAGGUUGGAAAGACAUCCUAUGUACUUGCCCAAAGCUGUGGAGGGAGCAUACAACACAUUAAAAUUUAAGCCCAAAACACGAAAGAAAGAAUAUUGA